UCUUUAUCAUCCUUGACCCGGAAAGGCAAUCGGCUGCGCGGCACGUGUGCUGUCUGUGUGCGCGCUCGGUGUUGUUGUUUGUUUCCUUUCACAGUUUAACUCGCGUUUGGAGUCGAAUUGACUCCGCAAUUUUUGUUUUGUAAAGCGGAGCCUUGGACUUUUUCGCCAUGACAAAAUCAAAGAAAGAAAAGGCCACGAUGGAGGAAGAGGAGGAGGCGGCGGCGGCAGCAGGCGGUAAUGAGAAAACGUAUCAGGAGUUGAUCGCCAAUGUGAACGCCAUCGCACAGCCGCUGGCCUCCAGGAAGCUCAGCAAGAAGCUGUACAAGUGCAUCAAGAAAGCCUCCAAGAUGAAGCAGAUCCGGCGUGGAGUGAAGGAGGUGCAGAAGUUCAUUAACAAGGGAGAGAAGGGGAUUGUGGUCCUUGCUGGUGACACCCUACCGAUUGACGUCUAUUGUCACAUUCCUGUCCUGUGUGAAGAUAAGAGCAUUCCUUACGUGUACAUCCCCUCGAAAGUGGACUUGGGCUCGUCUGCGGGGUCAAAGAGGCCCACCUGUGUGUUGAUGAUCAAGCAGCACGACGACUACCAGGACGCGUAUGAGCAGUGCUUGGAGGAGGUCUCCUGCCUGCCCACCCCGGUCUGAGCCACUUGGACUUUCGGAGAGGACCGGGAAGGCGUUUGGUGUGGCAGCAGACGAGGAGGAGGAGGAGGAGGAGGAGGAGCAGCGCUUAAGCUGCGCCCUUCGUAAAGUCCCCCUACGUUGGGGUGUUUUUUGUGUAUUUUUGUUUUAAUGGCUCGUUGCAGGUGACACUUGAAAUAGAUUCAGUUUUUUAAUUUUA